GAGCUAUUAUCCCGGUGGUCCAUUUGAGGAUCGUGACGUGGUGAUUGGUCAGUGAUCUGCCUAUUGAUAAAUAUCACCAGCGUUAGCUACGUUGUGUUCAGGUCACCGGACCUCCGCUGAACAUAUGUAUGAGCUGUAGUGUCCGUGCAGUAGAAAGUGUGCUCGGUGGUUCUGACGGGAAUCAGAAGGUUUGCUGCUGAUUUAUCUGAGUGAUCAUCAGGGCUGUGUGAUUUGCAUUAGCUGUGACUGACUGAGCAGAACUGAGCCGGCGGCAGCAUGAAGCUCUACAGCCUCAGCAUCAUCCAUAAAGGAGCGACCAAAGCCAACCUCCUCAAAGCGGCCUAUGACCUCUCCUCCUUCAGCUUCUUUCAGCGCUCCAGUGUUCAAGAGUUUAUGACCUUCACCAGUGCCUUGAUUGUUGAGCGGACAUCACAAGGAAGCCGUGCCUCUGUUAAAGAACAAGAGUACCUGUGCCAUGUGUAUGUAAGAAACGACAACCUGGGUGCUGUGGUAAUCGCAGAUACUGAAUACCCACAGAGAGUCUGUUUCACAUUGCUAGAGAAGGUAUUAGAGGAGUUCUCCAGGCAAGUGGAUAGUAUAGACUGGCCCUCUGGUAAUCCUGAAACCAUAAACUACAAAAGCCUGGACAUUCACCUUGCUAAAUACCAGAACCCCAGGGAAGCAGAUGCAAUGACCAAAGUGCAGGCAGAGCUGGAUGAGACGAAGAUCAUUUUGCACAACACGAUGGAAAGUCUGUUGGAGAGAGGAGAGAAACUGGAUGAUCUUGUGGCAAAGUCAGAGCACUUGGGAAACCAAUCCAAAGCCUUCUACAAGACUGCACGGAAACAGAACUCAUGCUGUGAAAUCAUGUGAAGUCGCUGCCUCGUCCUCGUGGACACGCCUCUCUCUGCCUUUCUGCUUUUCCUACAACUCCCAUCAUGCACCUGCCACAAGCUCUCAACACAGAGGACAGAACCGACGCUGUCUCAUCCAGGUUUGGGGCGCCAGGAUAAGAGCGAGAAAGGGUGUAAGGGGGUGGCCAGUGGAAGUGUGACUUCUCCGGAUCGUGGCUGAUGGGGGCUGAAGGAGUGAUGGGGUUUGGUCAGGGGAAGCAGUAACAUUUGAAUUAUUUUUAACCUUUUCAAAGGGUGAACAUCUGUCUGGUGUUUCAAUACCAAGGACAUAAUAGCGUGACGUGUUUUAGUGAUGUAUUGUUGAAAACGUCUUCAAACCAUUUAAUGUUAUUCAGAUUCAAUCAAUUCUUAACAGUUUGAUUUCAAAGUAUUAACCACAGUUGGGCUUCUGCUUCAAGGCAACUCUGACAAUCUCGCAGUCUUAUCUUGUGAAUUCAUAGAAUUACGUCACUGUUUUGGUUCAAUUCUUGUUUUUCUUGCAGGCAUAACCUUUGUUGCCCACCAGGUGGCCCUGUUUUAUUUAGUGUAUUUGUCCAGUGAGCCUCAACAUUGAGGCCAAUCUAAAAACUCUAAUGACAGUAAGUAGCUGCUUGAACAUGUGAUAUCAAAAUCUCACAGAAUUUUACAGUAGUAGUUUUGAAACAUCCUUGCUAGAUUAGAUUAGGCUACACAACUUCCUUUGCUUUACUCAUAAUGUUAAAUGUAAUCUUAAACAUUCCCGCUUCGGGUGAGUGUGUUAUUGAGUGAUGAUGCACCUUUAAAGCUGAUGAGAAUAGAUGUGAAAAUGUUUCUUCAUAGACGCAGCCUUAUUGCAGAGUGGCUAACAUGUUAACCCCCCCCCAUGUUCUGUUUAAACAUUAUGUCUCAUGAGGAGGACUGACUCUCUUUUGUGUACACUUUGUGCAUUUUAGCCAUGCUUUUCACUCUUAAAGCCAACACAUGGCGCUUAAGAAGGUUUUUAGAGUUCAAAAGCUGACUCAGACUUCUGCAGUCCAGGGCUCAUGUGUACCUCUCAAUCCUGGGAUCACUGACAUUUUACCAUCAUUUAUUGUGACUGAGGUGAUUCUGGGAAUCCUCAGGUGCUGUUGCACUCUUUGGCCUCAAGUUUCUCCUGAAAUGGGUGUAACUUUUGAAAUAGAACAGAGAUAUGUUGAGCGAUGUUAAUUGAAUGAUUUCACACCCUAGUCUUAUUUUAAGACACUCCACAGCUGACCUUUUCUUUUCUUUUUUUUUUUUUUUACUGUCAGCACCGUUUGCUUGGUAUUUAGGUCCGACUGGGUCGAAAUUUCUUUCUUCAGGAACUGCUCAUCAGUUUAUGAUAUAGACAUGCCUUUGGUUGUGUAUUUUAGAUGUUUCUCUGCUCACUUUCUGCUGUAUGUAUGUAUGAUUUGCUGAUAUACAACAUCUGCAGGCUGCAUUGAUGUGGUGUGUGUGUGUGCGUGUGUGCGUGUGUGUGUGUGUGUGUGUGUGUGUGUGUGAGAGAUCUGAAUUGCUCUUUCUGCUUUUACAGUGUAAACUUUGGUGCAAUAUCUCUGCAGACUGUUGGUGUGUAUCUCUCUAAAGUAGAGAGAAGAAACUAAACUAUUUCUCAUAAAGGACAGUAAAUUGACCUUUGUAUAUGCUAUUCUUAUGACUAAUUCCCAUGUGAAGCGUGUCCAGGGUUGUUUCUGACAUAUUUGUUUAAUUUCUUCUUUUCAAACUUUACAAUUAAUGUGCUGAAUUGGGAAAUCUGUCAAAUCUAUGGAGUCACGCUGAAGCUAUUUGCAGGUCUUGUCUUACUGACCAGUGUGUUAAACAGUCUGCGUUAAACGUUUUGAUCCAGAUGUGGUUUGCAAACUUAAAACAAGACUUCAGAUAAUAAACUGUUCUUUUCUGUCUGUAUUAA